AUGACGUGUCAGACCUUCUCCAGCACUGACUCUUUCACCACCCUGGCGGGCGACUCCUCCACCCUUCCCCUGCUGAUGCACCACCCAGGGGCCGGGGACUGCCUGCCCGUCUCCUCCCACGCCGCCAACAUGGUGUCCGCAGUGCCCUCAGGCCUGUCCCUGGUACAGUCAUCCAAGCGCUCCCACAUGCACCUGUCCACCUCUGCCCUCAGCAAUGCCUCAGCCAGCCUGCACUACCCCGUGCCUCCCUGUCACUAUGGCAACCAGCAGACUACCUACGGCAUGAUGGCAGGUGGGCUGGGGCCGUGCCUGUACAAGUUUCCGGAACACAGCCUGGGGGCCAGUUCCUGCGCCCUGGGCCACAGCUUCCCCCCGCUGCCCCCGGCUGUUCUGACAGAGGAGCACACUGUGGGGGACUUCAAACAGGAGCUGCGCAGGAAGAGCCGCCCCCCCGAGGACCCCCCGGACAUGGACUCGCCCCAGAUCCGCGAGCUGGAGAAGUUCGCCAACGACUUCAAACUGCGCAGGAUCAAAUUGGGAUACACUCAGACCAAUGUGGGUGAGGCCCUGGCAGCAGUGCACGGGUCCGAGUUCAGUCAGACGACCAUCUGCCGCUUUGAGAACCUGCAGCUCAGCUUCAAGAACGCGUGCAAGCUCAAGUCCAUCCUGGCCAAGUGGCUGGAGGAAGCCGAACAGGCCGGGGCCUUGUUUAAUGAAAGAAUCGGCAUCAAUGAGAGGAAGAGGAAGAGAAGAACAACCAUCAGCCUGGGAGCUAAGGAGGCCCUGGAGAGGAACUUCAUGGAGAAGAGCAAGCCAUCAUCGCAGGAGAUUGUGCGCAUGGCGGAGGGGCUGCACCUGGAGAAGGAGGUGGUGCGGGUGUGGUUCUGUAACCGCAGGCAGAGGGAAAAGAGGGUAAAAACCAGCCUGCACCACAGCUCCUUUCACCACCUGGCCAAGGACAGCGCCACCUGCAGGUAGACCUCCACGAGAGUGUAUAGUCAUCUUUUUAAAUUAAACGUCCUUUUCAUGAAGAAAUUGCAUUUCACGUCUUCUGGAGGACUGUUAUAUGUAUGUUUCUGGGUGUCAUCCCAAUACCAGGGCUUAAUUAUUUAAUUAGCUCUAUCAUUUAUGUGAACUUACAUUUUUGUGUUAAGGUCACGGAUGAGAACUGACUGGUCUUGUGUAAAAUGUUUUUCUUCUCUCUUAUUGAUAUACACUCACUGAGCACUUUAUUAGGAACACCUGUAGACCUACUUAUUUAUGCGAUUAUCUCAUCAGCCAAUCGUGUGGCAGUGCAAUGCAUAAAAUCAUGCAGAUAUGGGUUAGGAGCUUCAGUUAAUAUUCACAUCAACCAUCAGAAUGUGGAAAAAAUGUGAUCUAAUUUUGACUGUGGCAUGAUUGGUUGGUUCCAGACGGGCUGGUUUGAGUAUUUGUGUAACUGCUAAUCUCCUGGGAUUUUCAUGCUCAACAGUUUCACUCAGAAAGGUGCAAAAACAAAAAAAACAUCCAGUGAGCGGCAGUUCUACGGACAGAAACGCCUUGUUAAUGAGAGAGGUGCGAGAAGAAGGUCGAAGCUGACAGGAAGGUGACAGUAACGCAAAUAACCAUGCACUACAACAGUAGUAUGCAGAAGAGCAUCUCUAAACACACAACACAACAAACCUCUAAGUGGAUAGGUUACAGCAAAAAAAAUAAUCCUAAUAAAUACCUAAUAUAGUGCUCACUGAGUGUAUGCAGUUAAUUGAGGCAAGGAAAUUGCCAUGGUAAUUUGUGGUUUCUGGAAGUCCAGAAACACACGGUGCCUGACUUAACAUGAACAGUACUGUAUCUCAUAUGAAAUCAUUAUUUAAUCUGACUGCAGUCAUAGGAAGUGAAUAGAAUACAUUUAUUUUUCAUGGCAUGCAUAUCUGUUUAUGAUAUGUUCUGAAGGUGAUAAAUUGGACCUCAACAGACAUUAAACAUAUUGAGAACAAGUAACUGCUUGUUGCAAUUUAGAGGUUGUAAUUAUGAAAGAAAACCAGCAUAUACUGUACAGAGGGACACCAGGACCAAACCUCUAACAUUGACCACAUGGAUCGCUCAUGAUCAAUGAUGUCCCUUGUCUCUCAGAACACAACAUAACGGCACCAGGAACCUGACUUGUUCAACAUAUUCAGAUAAAAUGCAUGGGUAAAUUAUGUAAUUGUCCUGGAUUCAAAUACUUUUCUAUGCUUUACACUGCUUGUCUGGUGUAUUGGAACCAAUGAAACACUCUCAAGUAGCACAAAACCGGCCUUAAUCGCACAUGGCAAGAUCAAUCCAGCACAGAAAAAUAUUUGAAUCCGAACAAUUACAUGAUUGACUCAGCCUUAACAGAUUACAAGGGAAGACCUACUGCAGGAAUUUAGCACGCAUUCCUCCCUGGAUUUCCAUCGAUUCUGUAAGUGUGUAUCUGGUUGUGUUCAAAUUUAUAGUAAUAUAUUUUACAGGAAAGUUGUUUUUGUAAUGGACAGUGUAAAGUAUUUUUGACGUUUUCCAAAGUUUUUUUCUUUUUCGAAAAUUGUACUAUUUUCUCUUUAAAUCAGUUUCCAAGUGCCUUUAAAAUGUACUUUCAUCGAUUUUUCUAUCUUGUGCACUGUAAUUCCAUUAGGACCAUGCCAAUGUAAAAUGCAUUAGAUUAAAUUAUUUCUCAGGGUCACUGCCAAAGAAAGAAUGAAUGAAACAACAAAGGUUCCUCUAUAAUACCUAAGACUAGUAAUACCUAAGAAUGAAUUGCCCUUGCUUGUUGUUUAAAGGCAGAAGUGUACUUGUUCAUGUGUAAAGAGAAGUAUUAAUGUGUAUGUUUUUAAAUGCAUUUUGUAGCAUGUCUGUUUUCCUUAAUUGUGUGUAUUAAGUGUAGUGUUUGGACUGCAAUGAAUAAAGGCAAGGGGGUGUCAAAA